AUGACACAGCCCGCCAAGAAAGUUGCUCCCCUCCCAUUGGCUGCUAAAAGCCAGGCCGUUCAGGCCCCAACCGCUAACCCCCUUGUCGAGACGAGAAAGAGAAACUACGGCAUUGGCCAGGACAUUCAACCCAAGAGAAACUUGUCUAGAUUUGUGAAAUGGCCCCAGUACGUCAGAUUGCAGAGACAGAAGAAGAUCUUGUCCAUGAGAUUGAAGGUUCCUCCAGCCAUUGCCCAGUUCCAGAACGUCUUGGACAAGAACACCGCUGCCCAGACUUUCAAGUUGUUCAACAAGUACAGACCCGAGACUGCUGCUGAGAAGAAGGAGAGAUUGACCAAGGAGGCUGCUGCCAUUGCUGACGGCAAGAAGGCCCACGACGUUUCUCCUAAGCCAGUUGUGGUGAAGUACGGUUUGAACCACGUUGUGUCCCUCAUUGAGAACAAGAAGGCCAAGUUGGUUUUGAUUGCCAACGACGUCGACCCCAUCGAGUUGGUCAUCUUCUUGCCUGCCUUGUGUAGAAAGAUGGGCGUUCCAUACGCCAUCGUCAAGGGUAAGGCUAGAUUGGGCACUUUGGUGCACAAGAAGGCCUCCUCUGUGGCUGCCUUGACCGAGGUUUCUGCCGAGGACGAGGCCGAGUUGUCCAAGUUGGUGUCUACUAUCAACGCUAACUUCAUUGAGAAGUACGAGGAGCACAGAAAGCACUGGGGUGGUGGUAUCAUGGGUAAGAAGCACAACGACAAGGCUGCUAAGAAGGCCAAGGCUUUGGAAGUUGCCCAGGCCUCCGGUCAGGCUUAA